UCAUCUCAAGAACUGUGGGUACCGAUGGAUGUGGCCGAGAGCCCUGAACGGGACCCUCGCUCUCCAGAAGACGAAGAAGAGGAGCAGCAAGGGCUCUCGGACGAUGACAUUCUGAGGGAAAGUGGGUCUGAUCAGGAUUUGGACGGAGCUGGGGCGAGGGCUUCUGAUUUGGAGGAUGAGGAAAAUGCCGCCCCAGGACUGAGCCAGGAGGAAGAGAGUCGCUCGGAAGAGGAGGACCAGGACCAGGACCAGGACUCUGAGGCUCAGGAACUGAGCAGGGGCCCGACGAGCCCCCCGCGUGCAGAGGUGGGGUAUGGUGGGGAGGAAGACCGCACAAGUGACCUGAGGGACGAGGCCUCGUCAGUCACCAGGGAACUGGAUGAGCAUGAGUUAGACUACGACGAGGAGGUCCCUGAAGAGCCAGCCCCUGCUGGGCAGGAGGACGAGGCUGAGAAGGCUGGGGCCGAGGAUGACGAGGAGAAGGGAGAAGGAGCUCCUGGGGAGGAAGGGAAGGCAGGUGUCCACAGUGUGGAAGACAAGGAGCCCCUGGAGGCUGCCAAGGAGAAAAAAAAAGACGACGACGACGGAGAGAUCGAUGACGGGGAGAUCGACGAUGAUGAUCUGGAAGAGGGCGAAGUAAAGGACCCCAGUGACAGGAAGGUGAGGCCUCGUCCCACCUGCCGAUUCUUCAUGAAAGAUGUUGUGACACCAUUAUCCACUCUUCUUCCACCAAUAUCAAAUUCCAUACCAUUCAGAGACCAGGUUAAAGGGAACUGUACCUGGGGAAUGAAUUGUAGGUUUAUACACCCUGGAGUCAACGACAAGGGCAACUACUCCCUAAUCACCAAAGCUGAACCUUUCCCGCCUAACGGUGCCCCGCCUCUCGGACCUCACCCACUGAUGCCUGCCAACCCUUGGGGUGGGCCAGUAGUUGAUGAAAUUUUGCCUCCACCCCCUCCAGAACCUCCCACAGAGAGUGCCUGGGAACGAGGGCUUCGGCAUGCAAAGGAGGUUUUGAAAAAAGCAACCAUUCGAAAAGAACAGGAGCCUGAUUUUGAAGAGAAAAGGUUUACUAUGACCAUUGGUGAAGAUGAACGGGAGUUUGACAAAGAAAAUGAAGUUUUCCGAGAUUGGAAUUAUCGGAUCACGAGAGAUGUCAGAGACACAACACUUGAGCCUUAUGCAGAUCCUUAUUAUGACUAUGAAAUAGAACGGUUCUGGCGUGGCGGACAGUACGAGAACUUCAGGGUGCAAUAUACAGAAACAGAACCGUACCACAAUUACCGAGAAAGGGAAAGGGAACGAGAGCGAGAGAACAGACAGCGCGAGCGCGAGCGGGAGCGGGAGCGAGACCGAGAGCGGGAGCGCCGGCAGCGGGAGCGCGAGCGGGAGCGGGAGCGCGAGCGAGACAAGGAGCGGCAGCGGAGGAAAGAGGAGUGGGAGCGAGAGCGAGCCAAGCGGGACGAGAAGGACAGACAGCACAGAGACCGAGACAGGGAGAAAGAGCGGGAGAAGGAGAAGGAGAAGCCAAAGCCCCGCUCCCCGCAGCCGCCAAGCAUGGUCACAUCUCGCGGGCCUGUGCUGCUGGCCACAGUCAAGGCCACCCUCAUCACCCCCACCUUCCAGCCAUCUGGGUCUCAGGUCCCGGUCCUUUUCCUCAUCCCCGUCCCCAUCUCCAACGCCUUCGCCACACAGACCUGUCAGAACCAAGGGGGAGCCAGCUCCGCCUCCCGGGAAAGCCGGAAACCCCCCUCCAGCCCCGGCCCGUCUUGUGCAGUCGGCGGCACGUGGGGACAAACAGGCUUGUGUGUGUCUAGGUCCCUGAGCGUAAGCAGCGUCUCCUCGGUGUCCAGCGCCACGUCGAGCAGCAGCUCGGUGCACAGUGUGGACUCGGACGACAUGUAUGCAGACCUGGCCAGCCCCGUGUCCUCAGCCAGCUCUCGGUCCCCCACCCCAGCCCAGACCAAGAAGGAGAAAGGAAAAUCUAAAAAGGAAGAUGGCGUUAAAGAGGAAAAGAGGAAAAGGGAUUCGUCCACACAACCGCCCAAAUCCUCGAAACCUUCCACAGGCGGUAAAUCUGCCCAGCAGCCCGCCACCCCGCAGCAGGCACCCCCUGGGCAGCCCCAGCAGGGUGCGUUCGUGGCCCACAAGGAGAUCAAGUUGACACUGCUGAAUAAGCCGAGCACGAAGGCGUCGAAAAACAUCAGCCUCUUCAGCCUCUGCCUCCAAUUCCUCCAGGUCCUCUUCACGGUCCUCAUCCUACUCCGGCUCUGGCUCGUCGCGGUCGCGGUCCCGGUCCUCUUCCUACAGCUCCUACUCCAGCCGGUCUUCCAGACACAGCUCGUUCUCAGGCAGCCGGUCCAGCCUCUCCACCACCACAGGAAGCGCCAGUUAUCACCCCAGUCCAAGAGCUCCAGCAAAGUCACGAGUGUGCCCGGCAAAGCCUCAGAUGCCGGCACCGCCACCUCCACCGGCACCAAAUCAGGGAAGGCCAGCACGCUGUCUCGGCGCGAGGAGCUCCUGAAACAGCUCAAAGCCGUAGAGGACGCCAUCGCUCGCAAGCGGGCUAAGAUCCCCGGGAAAGUGUAGUGGGCCCUGCGGGCUUGGGCUCGGCCCCCCCACCAGAGGCAGAGACUCACGUGUUUUUAUAAAUAGGGUAAGCGCAGCCAUUUUGGAUUUUGCAUUUAAUGUCUUAUUUUGGCUGUGAUUCUUUUUAAAAAUUAAAAAAGAAAAAAAAAGUUUCUCAGCUGGAAAAGAAGCCACACACACAUAAUGAAGAUGACGCUGAACCCCCAGCCUUCUCCCGGCCACAUGACCAGUCUCCAGAGCAGAGGUCCCACCAGACAGACAGGCAAGACAGCACCAAGCAAGGAUGUGGCACAGUUUUAUGUAAAUUGUAAGUCCCAGACGCCCGCCAUCAGCUGCCCCAUACUUUUUUCUUCCCCAUUUUCUUUUUCUCCCUCUGUUAGUCAGACGAGUUCUCGACCUGCUGUGUGUGGUGUCCUCACCACGCGGCUCUCCUACUGUCGACAGGAACACCGAAUGCUUCUGAGCAACUCUUCCCCAUCCCUGCCAUCCCCAGGAUCAAAAAAUAUAUAUAUUCUUGACAAAAGUCUGACUGGGAAAUAUUUCCUGUCUUUUAUUUUAAGCAUCGAAUUGUUUUAGUUGAUUUCAAAAGGAAAAAAAAAAAAUACAGAAAAGACCAAAAAAAAGGCCAAGGGUAUUGUUGGGCGUCUGUCUAAUGUGGAGGGUCUUUUUUUGAGGGGUCUCCUAAAAUAAAAUAUUUUGAUAAGCAGC